CACAUUAUAUCUGUCUCUUCCCUCACGAAGUCAUAAGCAAGCUCGAAAAUGGUGAGACGCCCACUUAGGCCCAACAAGAACGACAAUACAACACUGAAGAAGGGAGUUUGGAGCGCAGAAGAAGAUCAGAAGCUCAUUGCUUAUAUCAGGAGAUAUGGCAUUUGGAACUGGACUCACAUGCCCAAACCUGCUGGUUUGGCAAGAACUGGGAAAAGUUGUAGACUUCGGUGGAUGAACUAUCUGAGGCCUAACAUCAGGCAUGGAAACAUCACCAAAGAAGAGGAGGAUCUGAUUAUCGAGCUGCACCGAUUUUUUGGAAAUAAAUGGGCAGCAAUAGCAGCUAGACUUCCCGGACGGACUGAUAAUGAAAUAAAGAAUUAUUGGAACACCCGCUUGAAGAAACGCGAUGGCAACAGGAACAAGUUGCAAAUUCUGACCGUAUGUGAUAUUAAAGUUAAGCCCGAUCACAAUAACAGCUCAUCCCAUCCAUAUGCAUCUCUUCCCACCAUUGAUACUCCGAAAUUAGAACCCAACAUUAGAUCUCAAAAUGAAAUUCCAACAAGGAGUGCUAAUAGCUUCUGCACCUCUUAUGGAGUUCACCGUGAUGACAAAACCUCGGAGAAUAGCUGGUAUUCACCAUGCAGCGUGAUUGAAGAAGAAGAAAGCUUGUGGGAACAAUUUCUUGCUCUGAGAGAUCUUGAAAUUGUAGAGAAUUUCGGUGGCAUGUACAUGCAUUCGGGAGCUAUGGCCCCUGCCCUUGUGUGCACGCAGCAAGAGCUUGUGUACCGCAGCGGUUCCUGUGAAGAAUUCAUCAUGGAUUUAUGGGGAAAAUGAUGAUGGCUGAAGGCACUUGUACGCAGAUGAAGAGGUGCGAUAUGAUUACUUGUAAUGUCCUGUUGAGGGUCAUAUUUCAUUCUAAGGAUGGUCUUUUGGAUGUAAUAAAUCUGGGAUGCAUCUUUAAUUUCCAAAGAACGUGAAGUAACGUCACGAGCAUUGUGUUUUCUGCAAUUUGACUAUCGGUGUUGUCAUUUCUGUCUA